AUGCAUGCACACUGGGAUCGAGGCGUCUUGUCCACCGUGUGGUUCGGAGGCUCAACCGCCCAACGCUUCGAGUCGCGCUUCUCCUUUUUUCCACGCGUGUCCGGGUUGCGCAUGGAAAACAAUGAGGCGCAGCUACCCGCGCACUUCGCUUCGCAUCGGCGCACUUGCACGGACAAUGGCACGACAGUGGCAUGCUGGCAGCGCCAGCGAGCAUCGCAUCCGAACCAGGCCAACCACAGUCCAUUGCGGAAGCGCGUCAAGCGAGGCUGGGGGUAUAGUAGCACAAUCGCAGCCAUCCCGCAAGUCGACAAUCACAAGAGCCGAGCAUCGGCGCUUCAUCCGCGUUUGCGCGAUUGCGCUUCCACCCCGCCUCUCGACAAGUCGAGGCUCUUUACAAGCGCGCGCAUCGCCGAAGACGCUUUCCGACUGCCUUGCCUCCUUGGCGCCUUGGCGCCUCGCCGCCUCGCCUACCCAGCGUCUCGAAGAGCAGCGCCUUGGAAAGCAAGCAUCGUCUGA